AUGGGGGUCAAUACAUUGUUGAAGCACCUCGGCCCGUGCUUGGGAGACAGCCACGUCGAACGCUUCCGGGGCAAGACGGUUGCGUUAGAUGGGAAUACCUUCAUCUUCCGGGGUUGCUACAGCUGCAGCGAGCAGGUGGCGUUGGGGCAGGCUUGCACAGGACCGGUUGACCACUUGAUGAAGCGGGUACGCAUGCUCAGGCACUACGGGGUCAAGCCAUGGGUAGUGCUCGAUGGGAGGCGCACGCCUAUGAAGGACGACACGGGCAAGCAACGCCGGCAAGAGCGGGAGAAAAACCUGUCCAUGGCCAAACACUUCAGGCGGCAAGCGGAGGAAAGCAGUGCCGGCCCUGAGAAGGAAGACCUUCUCCAGAAGGCUCAGACUUUCUUCCAAAAGAGCAUACAUGUGACGAGGCAGAUGGUGACGAACGCCAUGUCAGCCUUGAAGCGAGAGGGCGUGGAGUGUAUGGUUUCUCCCUACGCAAACGGCCCGAGCACAAAGCAGGCGCAUCCGUGUGUAGCAAACGAUCCGCACUACGGGAACCAAGUAGGCUUCUUUUUUUUCACAGAGGCCGACGCUCAGGUGGCCUACCUCGUCAAGUCCGGCCUGGCUAGCGCCGUCAUCACCGAAGACUCGGAUAUCCUGGUCUACAUGGCCGCCGUCAAGUCUACGGCCCCGGUGCUCUACAAGAUGGACGAGUUCGGCACGUGCAAGGAGCUUGGCUUUGAUCCGGAGAAACUGUCAAGCCUCCCUGGAGUAAUCGGGAAGUUUGGGAGAGGGCUGUCGAUCUUUUCGGGCGAAGGAGGGGGGAGAAGCUUCGUCCAGCUCGCGGCACUGGCGGGGUGCGACUACGUGGACAACAUCAGAGGCCUGGGUCUGCUAACGGCGCUGCCGAUCGUCACCAAGUUCAGGCGCACUCCGGCCGACAAGAGGGUUUCGCACAUCCUCAUGCACGUACAGAAAAUGGGGAAAACGAUCCCCACGGGCCACCGAGACCGAAUGCAUCUCGCCGAGAUGAGCUUUUUCUGGCACCGCGUUUACGACCCUAGGACCAAGAAGUGCGUGCACUUUUGUGAGGCUGCCCCGGAGCUUAUGGGCACCGCGGACGUCCCCGCCCUUCCAUCGACCGCCGGUGGAACGGCCUUCCUAGGCCUGGUCCGGUGAAAACCCGGCGUGCUCCGUCCCGGCUUUGUAGGGAUGCGAGGUCAAUGGU